UCAGAUGAAGUGCUGUGUGUGCAUGUGUGGAGAUGAGUUGGAGUCAUGAGGCUGGGCUGCUCCGAGUGGUUUUAAUCAGCAACCCAUUACGGAAGAAUAGAAAACGUCUGACAGAGCUAAGAACUAUUGGGGAUUGCGUCUUGAAGGACUGUUUCUGCUUGAGUGCUUUCUGCUCUGGACACCUAUAAUGUCUUGCCAACUAAUGCCAUGGGAUUGCUGAGGUUGAGAAACGGCAGAGAGGAUUUGAAUUCUCUGUGGAAAAAUACACUUCUGCCCCAUAAUUUCAUGCUGAGGAAAAGUAGGUACUGUGACUGUUCUUGCAAUGUGGAAACGGGACAGAAUUAGAAACCUGAGGUGGCCAUGGCUUGCCGGCAGAUCCUGCCUGGCCGGCGGUGGUGUCGACUUCGCCCGUUCCUGGUGCUGCUGGCCCUGGCUGCUUGUCUUUUCUACCAGACCUUGACACCUUUAAGAACAAGGAGGUACCUUUCAGCACUCAGCAACGGAGUUCCACCAAGCCCCGGGGCCGAUGUGUGGCAUGGGAUGUACAAAAAAAUAUCUGCAAGGCAAAUCCGUUGUCUCCUUCCCUCAAGCAACCUACGAGUACAGAAGGAGAUUGAGGAUGCUAUCUUUAAAUACUUCCGAAGCCAAGCAAGAGCUGUAAUACUGUACAUCCCCUCUUCCGGCAGUAAACAAGAUCUUCUGCUAUAUCAACGCAUCUUUGCACAACAUGGUUAUGGCGUUACUGUCCUUGAAGACAGGAAAUUGAGCGGACAUGAAAUUCCAAGUCAAGAUGAAUCACACUCCUUGGAUCUUUUUAUUUGCCUGUCUUCCACCAAAGCUGACCAUGAAAACUGCCUAAAUACAACAGAAUUGCAUCAAACAAGCUUAUUACAGAAGGCAAAUGCUCUCCCUCAAAUACAACGUCUGCUUUGCAGAAAAGAAGGAUUGUGCCAAAUAAUGAGAACAUUUCCAGAUUUGCACCUUCCAAUUGCUCUUCCUGCUUGCCAAGAAUCAAAUAGGAUACCUCUUCACACAGUGAAGCCACAUAGUAAUAAUGAAAGAACAAGUUUGACUCACAUGCUGUAUCAGCCAAUCAAGAAUAUUCAGCGUCAUCAAAAACCAAUUGAAGUUGACCAUCAAGGAGACUUUAAAAUCCAAGACCUUUCCAUCAUCAUCAAAGUAUAUGUACUGGUGACUUCUUUAAGCCCUCUGAGGGCCUUCAUUUACUCCAGUGGUGUUGUCUGGUAUGCACCCAAGAAGAAGCAGUUUUCAGUCAAGUUGCAAACAUUUUUCGAGACCUUCUUAGGAGCAAGCUCCCCUCAGCAGGCUUUGGAUGACAUGAAAGAGGCAAUAAGCAAACUCUUAUUGAUAACCGAGGUUUUCAGUGAAGCACCUUCAUCUGGACCAAAUGGCCCUGGCCAAUGCAGUUCAUGCUUUCAGAUGCUAACCUUUGACAUUGGGCUCAGCCACUCCAUGUAUCCAGUUGUUCUUGAGGUACAUGAGCACUUUGACUUUCAAGCUGCUGAAGGCUCAACUCUUCAGGACCAAACGCUUAAAGAAUCCCUCCUUAAAGAUACUUUCAGAAUUGUCUUAUCAAAUCAAACUUCCUCCUCUACUUUCUUUGAGGCUUUCCAGAAUGUAUAUCAAUCAGCAAGGAUAAAGGAUGAGCCUCACCCGAAAGAAACAGACUACUGUCUAAGUUUAGAACAACUAAAUCCUAUGAUUGGUUUCAUACAAGAGCUUCAGAAUUUAGGGCAAUUUGAACUGCUGUUUCCUUCUACUGUCCCCAAGAUUCAUUUUUUGCUGCAUGACCUUUACCGUCUGUUGAAUCCAGGGGAAAAUCUUGGCUCAGUCCUGACUCUACAUUGGCUCCUUUCAAAUUUACUUGAACAGCUGCAAGUCAUUAACAAAGGGACACACACAAAUCUUCCAGAAUGGCGAAACAAGGAUUCAAGAAAUGUGUCUUGGAUCAAAGCCAAAUGGUCAAGUCUGAGGUCUUCUUACUCAGAACAGGGUAGGAUUAAAACAAAGUCUUCUUCCCCAACCAAUGAAAAACAUGAAGGUACGCAUUAUUUAGACCUGUCCAAAGAAACACACUGCAGUUAUGAUAAAGAUACCCUACCUCAUAUCAGACAGAUUUUCACUAGUCCACAUUUGGACUUAAAUCCUUAUUUUGACCCAAAGAUCAAAGAAUACUACUCUGAGGUCCCAUUUGAUGUGUUGACAAUAAAGAUUAGAGCAGAAGCUGUGAACUGUCGGUGUGAAAUUCACUUAGAUGAGAAGAAAGGACCAAGUGUGGCAAAUUACCCUCUUGGACUAGGAAUAAACAGAAUUAAUAUUCUGGUAACAGAUGAGUCUCAAUUGCCCCAUGAGGUUGUCAGCAUCUACAAAAUUAUUAUCUAUCGAGAAGACCGCCCAAGCUUGCCAUUGUUUGAUGACUUCAUGGUGUGUGGUUUUGUGCAGGAUUGUGGCUCAAUAAUUCUUCCUAAGGAAUCAUGUGGUUUACAACCUCUCUCUGCUGAAUACCUCUCAAGGAUUUCACAGCAACAGCUGAAAACAUGUGAAACGGGGGACAUGAAAGGACAAUGGAUUGUGCCAUGUCUCAGUUGUUCUGACAACAGAACCUGCAACUGGAGACAAAUAACAUGGCAACCACAUGAUUGCCAGUAUCCUGUCCUUAGCAAACCAGAACUCCAACUAUGUGUGGAAAGCAAAAAGGUUCUUUUCAUUGGGGAUUCAACUAACAGAGGAAUGAUGUAUUACUUGAUUGAGAGAGUGAACGAGACUCUUCAAGAAUGGCAAAAAGCUCACGACAUGAAGUUUUAUCAUAAUGUAAACAAUGGAAAUACAUUCAUUAGCUAUUCCUAUUACCCCCAGUUUUGGAUCAGCAUACACCAAAGACCAACAUUUGAAGAAGCUCUCAAGCAACUAUUAGUCAGGUCACAGCCGCUGGAGAACACAAGGCAGACAAUAUUAGUUGUUGGUGGUGUCCAGUGGCUUAAUUUCAAUCACUUACAUAUUAUUCAAAAAGUGCUUAAAAGAGCAAACCUCUCAAAUAUUCUCGUCGUCAUAAAAUCCCUAGGAAUGGGCUUUCAUCUGCCAGUGGAUGGAGUGCAUUCUUUGUCACAAGCACAAGUGCAGAAUUUGUGGAAUGAAAAUCAAGCUAUUUUGAAUACAGCCAAACAAUAUGGCUAUGAAGUGGUUGAUACUUUCAUUAUUACUAUGGGACGGUACAAGGAAUUUUUGCAAGGGAAAUGUGGAUGCCAUUUUCAUGAGGUGGUGAAUUCAAAAACAUCUGACAGAAACUCUCCCGUGGGAAUGGCACUGUCAAGGUCCUACACCCUGGGCAAAUACUUCAACAACCAAAGCAACCUAAUGAAACUGCAAGCCUAUGCAUCCAAUUCUCAAUCCCCUUAUCAUGUGAGAGGUCCAAUCAAUCAGGUUUAUUCAGAAAUACUCCUCAGCAGGAUCUGUGCAAAUGAGAGGCAUGUCGUUGGACCAUAAUUUUGUGCAGCUGAACUUGGGACCUCCAGACUCUACACUUUUCCCUAUGGUGAUUCCACAUGGACCAUACUAGAUUUAUUACAUACUUCUCCAUGUGGCUGAAUAGACCAGCUAACUCGAGACAUGUGGCUGUUUCCACAGAGCCUUAUAAAAUCAAGAUGUGUUCCCUUGUAUCUGUGGUUUCCAAAUGAGAGAAAGAGAAGUAUGAGAAAGGAUGGUGGGAAGAAGUUAUUCAAAAUGUUGCAUUAAAACAAUUGUCAUCUAAGUAAAUACAAUGCUAUAUGAUAGAAAAGAGCUUAUAUAUAUAUAAAGUAUUCAAGGCAUUUCCUAGAGACUGCUCAAAUAUAAAAACAGGCUAUAAUAUGUCACCUGUAAAGAAAAAUCCCAUUCCACUUUGAAAACUUUUACUCUACAACAUAUCAGAAUAGCAGUAUAUGCAGCAUGCGCUUAAAUGCAGGCAUUGCCUUUUUAUCAACAGAACCAGAUUUGUCCUUCUAACAUCUGUAUACAGAGAACUGCAGCACCAGAUCUGUUCCAUUUUCGUUCUUAAGAGCCACAAAAGAUGCAAUAUGAUGUCAGAGUUCUGCAACUGCAGCGGCUGACAUCAUUUUUGGUUGUUGUUCAAAUUAACCUGGGUUGGUAGAUCAGAGGUGCAUGUUAAUCUCGCUUCGCUGCACUACAUUGCAGCUUGAAAUACGUGCCCUGUGGCUGUUUUCUGGCCAAGAAGAGAGACUGAUCUACUAUAGAUCCGCAAAUACUGUUUCUUGCUUCUUUGUCCUUUAUUUUUGUUGGUUUUUUCGUUUCUUUGUUUCUUUUUUUAUUUUUAUUAUUUUUUUUUUGCUGUGUGCUGCAGCAGCUGCUGCUCCCCCUUCUACGAACCAUUAUGGACUGAGCUUCAGGUGUCAAACCUCCAGUACUGUAUGUAGGACUGCUUGGUCUCAGGACUGUGGCUGAAGCCUCAGAGAAUUGCCAAGUUUCUCCAGUUCUCUAGGAAAAGACAGACAUCUUCCACUGAGUGGUGUUUGAACAGAUGGUGUGCUUUUUGUGUGAGGUGGCUUUAAAGCCAGGCAGAGAGGAAGCAGACCAGGGGAGAGAACAAUUUGGGGUCCAUUUUACUGUUUUGAAUGUGGCAGAGCAGUGUGCCAAAACUGAGACUUGAGCCUUGGCAUGAGCAACUCAAAGGAUAGAAGUGGUGGGAAACGGGCAGGCCGUGUCCCUUCUGCUACUCCCAGCAGCAGUAUAGGACCUGGGAAAGACUCUCUAUAGGUCUUGUGUGCUAUAGGUAAUGCCAUGUAGGACACCAGCUCUAGUAAAAUGGUGGCAACCACUGCAAGCCACUGAGCAUAUUUUGCCACCUGCCCAGAUGCUACAAAAGGUUCCCUUUGGCUCUGAGUUGCUGUCUUAUCUGAUUAAUCCUGUUUUGUCCAGAUUCUGGGCCUAUUUGCCCAGAUGGCCCUCAGGCCCAUUUCCAUUAUCAGCUCACUCAAAAGCAGUCUUGCUCUCCCAACCCUUGCCUGUCCCCUUCUGUGACAUUGCAAGGACCUUUCCUCUUCUGGUCCCAGUUCUGGCCCCAAAAUGUCAGGGAAUGGGAAACUGCUGGCCUGGCAACCCUUCCAACAGCUAUGCACCCAUAAACAAAUGAUUAGUUUUAUAGAACAAUUAGGAUUAAAAGAAAAAGAGUCAUGGCAGCUUUGGGAUUGCAGAUUGGAUAAGGCUGAGAGACAAUGGCCUACCUAAAGUCACCAUGCAAUGAUUGGAACUGGGGACUGGCUUACCUUCUUAGCCACUAAGAACCAUGAGCUCUCAGUUACCUGUCGGACUACAGUAUUUUUUUUUUGCUGCGCCAGAAGUAUUUAUAUUGUAUAAGGCCUGGAGAAGCACAAUGGAAGCCCCAGAAGCCUGGGGUAACUCAGUCACUGAACCAUCCAUCGAAUUUCAGGCACAAUCUAGCAACUAUAUGGAUUGGAAGUUGCAUACUUAAUGAGUUUUAUAAAUCUCCAGCUGAUAAGUGUCCUCCUCACUCUGCUAAGGGCAGGCCACCAACAAUCAGGUUGGUAAAGACAGAGCAAUAUCUUCAUUUUAUUGUCACCUCCUUAAAAUGUGGAUAGAUGUCUCGCCCUCGGACACAUCAUUUCCCUUCUAAAGCUAGAAUCCUAGCUCAAGAUUUUUUAUCUGCAAAUAACCACUUCUUUGUGUAUUUACAUAAAUUAUUAUAUAGGCAGCUGAAAAACAAUCUGUUUGUCAACUCCAAACAUAAAGAAGCAAUGACAAGGAUCGGUUUGUAAGUAAGGCAGGCCUGCUUUGUUGAACAGUCUUAAAAAUUGGCAUCCUUUUUAUGUCUUUCUAUUUUUGCCUUCUCAUUGUUCUUCAAGAUUUCUGUUUUGUCUGUUAUUUGCUUUUCAUGUGCUGGAUUUCUUUGCCAUGGGAACAGAAAGUAACGUAAGGGGGUUUGCCUUAUAAAUAUGUUCAUAUGGAAAGUAAUGUUAAACAUGGGCUCUAACUGUAAAAACAGAAGAAGAAGAAUCAAGAAAAAAGCAACAACCCAAAACCCAGAAUGAAUUCUGAUGAUGAUAUCGUUCAUGCUGGCAAAUGUGCAAUGUGGUUUCUGCAUAUUUACCAUUAUGUGGUUUUCAUGUGCUGUAGUCCACUGAGUUUAAUAUUUCUCAGAUGUAGCUGUUAAGAAAGCAGCAUUUCAACACUAUAUUUUUAUACAUAUAUUUUUAUAUAAAGUUAUCAGUAUAAUAUCCAAAGAACUUAUAUUUAAUUUAGUAACUAGUGUGGGUCGUUAGGAGAAUCUAAUGCAUUCUUAAUACAUGAUGCGGGUAAUAUGGGGGGAAAAGAGAAAGUAAUCAGUAUUUUAUACAGUAUAUAUUUCUUUUGAGAUUUCUUUCCCUCACCCUUUUCAUAUACUGGUACGUGAAGAAAUUAUGCUUGAUCAAAAGAGAACCCCCCCGCUUUAUUGUGUAUAUUUGAUUUUCAAUUCUGAGUAGGGAAUAUCUUAUAUCUUCUUGCCCACAAGAUUACACUCAUUCCAUUUCAGAAGUAAAUUUCAGAAUUGCUUCUAGCAUGUGGACACUACAAUUAUUUACCCAGAAGCUGAAUAUUUAGUUUCAAGCAGGGGUGCUUCUUUCCUGGGAUGUAGAAUUUUUAAAGUUCCACUGAUGUUGCAACAUAGAAUCAAUAGUACCAUCAGGUCAUUCAUAUAUUAAACUAAGACUUUUUGCUUAAUCAGCUUUUCCAGAUUGUUCCAGAAUAAUGAUUGCAAGCAAACACAAUUUGUGUAACAGGGAGAUUCAUUUAUAUACAUGUGGACCAGUCAUUUCCUGGUUGCUGAAACUUCUCAUUUCCAAUGGACAACAUGGACCAGGUUGACCACAGAAAUACAUCUUCCUCAUUUUAGUGAUUAUGUGGGCACUUUUCCCAAUAGACACUGCUUUGCUUGUGUACACAUUGGCUAUCUGGAAAUUCUAGCCCAGCCAUUCUCAACUGGGGGGGGGGGCUAUGACCCCCUUGGGGGCUAGCACAUUUAAAGGGGGCCACAGAUUGGAAACAAUUCUACAGACACCACCUUAUAAAAUUUGUUAUGUGACUUAUAAUAUCCUGAUUUGGCCUAUAUUUCUUUCAUAUUGUGUCUAUGGCUCUGGCAAAAAAAAAAAAAAAGGUUAAGAAUGGCUGUCCGAGCUGAUGUGGGUUUGGAUGAUUUAGGAGAGUCAAGGACUCUGAAGAGGGGCAAGUUUUUACAUGCAUUAAAGGACAUAUCAGACUAUCCAAAGAAAGGCACUGCUGAGCAGAGAGAUCUAGAGAAUUUUAGUCCUGUGUCCAAUCUCAAGGAAUUCUUGCUGAAAUAACUCCCCCCCACUCUCUCAAUCUCAAUCUCAAUCUCAACGCACUUUCAGCAGUCAACCAAGCAGUUGGGCCUUGGUAUGUGGGCAUGUGAGGAGAUCUGGCCCUGUACGGUUCCCCUGAAUCAAAUAGGAAAUAAUCUACUGUG